AUGCACACCCCAGACAUUCUCGGAGUCGUGAUCGAUGUUACCAGCACCCAACAAAAGGGCUCUAACAAACUACGGGAGAUUACCAUAGUGACGGAAGAGAAACUUGCCACUAAAUUAACUUUGUGGAAUGACCUCGGGUGCGGAAGGUGGCCUACUUGCAACGCUUCUAUCAGAAGGCUAGUAAUUCUGGCCAAGAGCAUCCGGGUGACAUCAUUCCAAGGAAUAUCCCUGUCCGCUUCAACUAUGUCAAACAUCAUUAUUGAUCCUCCCUAUGCGGCAGCCCGGGACCUUGAUAACAGGAAAAGGGAAAACAGCGUAGAGAUAGACAACCUGCUGAAGCAUUUGGUCUUGUUCAACGACAAAAGUGUCCUAGCGACCUCUCCGUGUUCACUACAAUCAAUCAAAGAACUCAAAGAUGCAAAGCAAGGAGAGCACAGCCUCAUUGCAGGCUUUCAGAUAUGCAUUUCACCUCAUAUCAAGCUCUCAUACAGCGCAUGUUCAAAUUGCCACUCUGCAACAAUAACACCUAUACCUCGACCAUUUCAUUGUUUCCGCUGUGCAAGUGUCCAAACCUCUACACCUAGGGAAGUAUAAGGCUGCGACUCUACAAUAUAUAUACUCACUACAAUA